AGACUCAGGACGCUUUAGUACUCCAGGCCACAAGAUGCCCCCUCGCAGCUCCGAAGGCCGAAAUAAGAGGCUUCCACAAGCUUCUCUUGCCCUUCCCCUUCUCCUUCCUCCUUUCGAUGGACUGCGCUUUUAGAAGCUCGUCCUGGGUCCCUCCGAGCCCCGCCCUUCGUCUUGGGCCCUCCUACCUCCUUCCAAAGCUUCGAUUUUCCGAGAAAUUGAAGCCUUCGAGCGUGCGGAAGCGUUUGGUGGUCAGCAGGGCGUCUGGGUCCGACGAACAAGACUCCGGGAAUGGGUUCUCGACCGCCGUCAGCAAGGUUUUCGUCGAAGAGACAAUUGGAGCUGAAUAUGGAGAAGGUUUCGAGACGUUUAGGAUGGACGGCCUACUCAAGGUUGAUGUGGAUUAUUUGAAUGACAAAUUGCAAGAGUGCUUUCUCCAGAGGAUACGGCAUGCUAUGAAGCCAGAUGAAGCGUUUGGUCUUAUCUUCUCAUGGGAUAAUGUUGUGGCCGAUACUCGCUCUCUAAAGUUGGAUGCCUGGAGACAGGUUGCUUGUGAAGAGGGAAGGGAUAUCUCGAGUGAUAGUCAUACACAAAAAGCCAUCCUUCAUACAGCAGCUGAUCAUGUCUUACAAAAGGUGUUAUGCUGGACAGAAGAAGAGAAUGAAUUGGAAAGACUUAAGUCACGGCUCUCACAGUUAUACCAUGAGAACCUGCUUAAGCUUGAAACCCCAGUGGAAGGGUUAAAAGAAUGGCUUGAUGCUAUCUAUACAGUAGGCAUCCCUACUGCUGUUGUAUCAUGUCUUGAUCGGAGAGAUAUGGUUGAGGCUUUGCGGCGGAUGGGACUCAGCAAAUAUUUCCAGGCUAUUGUGAGUGAGGAGGAUGGAAUGGAGUCAAUAGCCCAUAGAUUUCUAUCAGCUGCAGUUAAGUUGGACCGCAAACCUUCCAAGUGCAUCGUAUUUGAGGAUGAUCCAAGAGGAAUUACUGCUGCUCACAACUGCACAAUGAUGGCAGUAGCCUUGAUUGGUGCUCAUCCAGCGUAUGAGUUGGUGCAGGCAGAUCUUGCUGUUGCUAGCUUCAGUGAGCUUUCUGUGAUCAACCUUAGGAGAUUAUUUGCACACAAGGGAUCGAGUUUUAUGGAUUUACAGAAGCAGAUUAUAGAGAAAUCACCUCCUAAAAGGAAGCUUAUGACUGACACCAUAUUCUGAUUAUUUUUUUUUUUCCCUUUCGUGCUCAUUCUCUCUUUGUGCACGUGUGGAUCAUGGAGAAAGCUGUGUAUAUGUGGCCUGUCCUUGAUAGGCCUGCCAGGCAAUUUUCCCCUAAACAUUGUAAAAGCAGGUUUUGUAUUAUGAGAGAAGCUAAUAGUUGUUGACUGACAUUGUUGGAACAGCUCGGGCUUGGACAUUAAAUAGUCAAUUUAGUAUAUCUGAUCAAGAAUAUCUGGUUCACGAUGAAA